AUCACAGCGUCUUUAAAAAAAUUGGUUAGGGUGUAUCCGUGUGUAGCGUUGUGGGAGUCCUGAGGGCGGGGCGGGGACCCGGCGGGUCGCUGAGGUGGGGGUUGGUAGGGGACGCUUCCCGAGGGCGCGCAGAGCAGAGCCGGUGACAGACACGCACGCGCGUGUGCGCUCCAACUACUGCGCGGCCCCGCGACCCCCGUCGGUCGCUGAGAGGCCCGGCGUCGGCGCCACAGCCGUCUAGGAUUCCUGUCUAGAGGCGUCCCCGGCGUCCCUAGCCCGAAUCUCCGAGCUCCGGGCCGCGCCCGCUUCGGCCGGCGUCCAGUCCCCCAACACGUCGUCAGAGACUAUCCUUUAACUCAUCUUUCCGACCCAGAGCCGGGUCCUCGCGGCCCAUGCUGGCCGCUGGGGACCCAGGCAGCCUAGGUCUGUCUCGGGCCGGUCAGCCGGCCACCAUGGUGGCCCUGAGGCCUGUGCAGCUACUCCAGGGGGGCUAAUAGACUCAGAACGCGGGCCUAGGGGUGAGGGAUCCCAGGCCAGUACCCCGCGCCAUGGCCGGAGCCAUCGCUUCCCGCAUGAGCUUCAGCUCACUCAAGAGGAAGCAGCCCAAGACAUUCACGGUGCGGAUCGUCACCAUGGACGCCGAGAUGGAGUUCAACUGCGAGAUGAAAUGGAAAGGGAAGGACCUGUUUGAUUUGGUGUGCCGGACGCUGGGGCUUCGCGAAACCUGGUUCUUUGGACUACAGUAUACAAUCAAGGACACAGUGGCCUGGCUCAAAAUGGACAAGAAGGUGUUGGAUCAUGAUGUUUCGAAGGAAGAACCAGUUACCUUUCACUUCCUGGCCAAAUUUUAUCCUGAAAAUGCUGAGGAGGAGCUAGUUCAAGAGAUCACGCAACACUUAUUUUUCUUACAGGUGAAGAAGCAGAUUUUGGAUGAGAAGGUCUACUGCCCUCCUGAGGCGUCUGUGCUCUUGGCGUCAUAUGCUGUCCAGGCCAAGUAUGGCGACUAUGACCCCUCUGUACACAAGCGAGGAUUUUUAGCCCAAGAGGAAUUACUUCCAAAAAGGGUGAUAAAUCUCUAUCAGAUGACUCCAGAAAUGUGGGAGGAGAGAAUUACUGCUUGGUAUGCGGAGCAUCGGGGCAGAGCCAGGGAUGAAGCUGAAAUGGAGUAUUUGAAGAUAGCUCAGGACUUGGAGAUGUAUGGUGUGAACUACUUUACAAUCCGGAAUAAAAAGGGCACAGAGCUGCUGCUUGGAGUGGAUGCUCUCGGCCUUCACAUCUAUGACCCUGAGAACAGGCUGACCCCCAAGAUCUCCUUCCCAUGGAAUGAAAUCCGAAACAUCUCCUACAGCGACAAGGAGUUUACUAUUAAACCACUGGAUAAGAAAAUUGAUGUCUUCAAAUUUAACUCCUCAAAGCUUCGUGUUAAUAAGCUGAUUCUUCAGCUAUGUAUUGGGAACCAUGACCUAUUUAUGAGGAGACGGAAAGCUGACUCUUUAGAAGUUCAGCAGAUGAAAGCCCAGGCCAGGGAAGAGAAGGCUAGGAAGCAGAUGGAGCGGCAGCGGCUGGCUCGAGAGAAGCAGAUGCGGGAGGAGGCCGAGCGCACAAGAGAUGAGUUAGAGAGGAGGCUCCUGCAGAUGAAGGAAGAAGCAACGAUGGCCAAUGAAGCCCUGAUGCGGUCUGAGGAAACAGCUGACCUGUUGGCUGAAAAGGCUCAGAUCACAGAGGAGGAGGCCAAGCUUCUGGCUCAAAAGGCUGCAGAAGCUGAGCAAGAGAUGCAGCGAAUCAAGGCCACAGCCAUUCGGACAGAGGAAGAGAAGCGCCUGAUGGAGCAGAAGGUGCUGGAGGCUGAAGUGCUGGCGUUGAAGAUGGCUGAGGAGUCGGAGAGGAGGGCCAAGGAGGCUGAUCAAUUAAAGCAAGACUUACAGGAAGCCCGAGAAGCAGAGCGAAGAGCCAAGCAGAAGCUCUUAGAAAUCGCCACCAAGCCCACAUAUCCACCCAUGAACCCACUCCCAGCACCACUGCCUCCUGACAUACCGAGCUUCGACAUUAUUGGUGACAGCUUGUCAUUUGACUUCAAGGAUACGGACAUGAAGCGACUUUCCAUGGAGAUAGAAAAAGAAAAAGUGGAAUACAUGGAGAAGAGCAAGCAUCUGCAAGAACAGCUCAAUGAACUCAAGACAGAAAUUGAGGCCUUGAAACUCAAAGAAAGGGAGACAGCCUUGGACAUCCUGCACAACGAGAACUCAGACAGAGGUGGCACCAGUAGCAAGCAUAAUACCAUUAAAAAGCCUCAAGCCCAAGGCAGAAGACCUAUCUGCAUUUGAGUCCUCAAACUCACUCUACAGAGCGCCAAGUCCCGAGUGGCCUUCUUUGAAGAACUCUAGCAGGUGACCUGACCACCUCCUGCCACAUCUGCUGCUCCUGGCACCAACAGGAUGGGCCUGACCCCAAAGGAACCAUCGGUAGAGGGCUGGCUUGUUUGGGAAUUCUUGAGUAGGGGGUCCAGUUCCCUUCGUGUUCAGUUGUUUUUGAACUCUAACAUUAUAGAGAUUUCUCAAAGUGUUCUAGUUCUUCUAGCCUCCCCCCCCCCUCUCUCUCUCCUCUCUCUCUCUCCCCUCCCUCCCUCCCUCUCUCUCUCUCUCUCUCAGAAAUAUUUGUUGUGCAUGGGCUGCAUCCUUCCUGCACACUGGACACUGUUGUAAAUGUUGCUGUGCAUGCUGCUGACUUUGGGAAGCAGCUGUAGGAGUCCAGUAUGGAGACUGUCUGAAAUCUACCGUGCAGGUGCCACCCACUCCCCAACUGGGGUUCUGAGAUGGGCCUCCCCUCCACAAUAAGGACCUGGCACAGUCUAGAAGUAUGAACUGGCUUAGCUCAGAACCAGCAAUGAUGGUUCCUUAGCCAGGCUCACCUGAGGUAGUGUAGUUGUCUGACUGGCAGGAAACAGGCAGGACAGUUGUGGCUAGGAAGAGGCUUAAGAUAAAAGCUGCUGGGAGACAGUGUGCACAUGCAUCCUUCAGUCUUAGCCACCUGCCCGUGGUGGACCAGGACUUCCAUCUCCUUCUACUCAGCACAUGGAACCCCAGAGCCCUGCUACCCAACCAUCAUCCUCUUCAAUACCUAGACCUCAUUGUCUUUGUCUUCCCCAGGGGCCCAGCAGUGUCCUUUUUGUCUCUUCUUUCCUGAACCUGACACAGGUAUCAGGCCACUCACAGCAGUCACACAAGCUAACACUAUGGGUUGCCUACAUACUGGCAGCAAAUGCUUACCAUGUUCCUCACACACUCCAUGCUUGGGCCUAUCUUCUAUGUCACUACUAUAGCCAAUCACAGCCUGCUAAGUCCUAACAGAGCAGGUGCUAUGCCUCAGUCCACAAACAGAUGUAUUAACCGAAGACAACUGAGCUGAGGGGCUGAGCAAUGGAAUGUUCCACAGUAUAGUUGUUUUUGAGAAACUGAGGCACACCACCUUGUUCCCACUAGCUGGCUAUUGUUAGGCCACUUUGCCAUAGGCAGCCACCUAAGGGUCACCUCAGCAUCUGUGGUCAUCUGGCACUCUAGUCUGGAACCUAAGGUUGAGGAGAAGUCCUCUGGACUUGACACCCCAGUAUUUGCCAAGUCUUCCCUGGCUCUGAAGUUGAGCUGUCUUCUCUAGCCUGAAACUCCUCUCUGACUUUCUUCCUCUCUGUACACUUGAUCUAACAAUGGUUGUGGAACACAGGACAGUGAUGCUGGCUCAUAAAAAUUAUGCCAGGCCUUGUUUUUUAAAAUUUAACUGUGCUUUAUAUCUCAAACUUGGGAAAUGCCAAGCUAUAUAACCACGUGGGAGCCCUGGUAUUUGAAGAGUGUUGGGUGUAACCAUUUCUUGGAAGGUGGGACCCAACCACUACUCAAUCAGAAGUACCUCAGCUCCCCUCAAGAGAGAGGAUAGGGUCCUCAGAAUGUCUCCAGCCUGCUUUGAGCCUGUAGCUGGGUUCUUUCUAGUAGACUAAAAUUGUCUAGAGACAUCUGAAGUCCAAAGUGAGUUCCAACCCUGGCUAUUUCUAGUUUCAAUGGUUCUUGAAACAUGGACAGGGGUACCCUGAUACUGAAACAGCAAGUUACUCUCAGUGCAGGACACUGAGGCCUUGCUGUUGGCCUGUGGCUGGUCAUAUACCCUGACUGAGGCAAUACCUGAGCCACCACAGCACUCUGACCCGAGGUCACUGCCAAGCCUUGCUAGACAACACCAGUGGGCUGACAUAGCACUAACUUAGUCACUGUGUUAUCAUCUUUUAGACAGGUUUCUCAUGCUCCCGUACUCUCAACAAGCCCAGAGGCUGACCCAGCAACAGUGACUAACUGUUCUUGCCAAUAGGGCCAGAGCCUCAAAGCCCCUAGUACAAGCAGCCUUCACAAGGGACCCAGCCUCUCCUAGGUGCCUUGAGGCCAAGCCAGCGCCCAUGGGCUUCCAUUCCUCUGUUCUAUUCUCAAACAGCUCUUCCUGUGAGGCCCAUGUCACUCCAGUCAGGGCCAGAACAUGAAGCUGUUUUUUGUUUGGGGUUGGGAGUGAUUAUAAUUUAAGUGAUUGUUUUAAUAAAAACUCUAAGCUGCUAUA